CUCCGUGCAGGGACUUUUUCCACUUCUCUCGGUUUGGGGAUUUUAACGGAAAGCAUUUGUUCGAUCAGGAGGGAAAGCUGGUUAGCGGAGCAACACCAUGUCAGCCACGUUCCCCGGUUUGGUCCAUGAUGCCGAGAUACGUCAUGACGGGUCCAACAGUUACCGUCUGAUGCAGCUAGGUUGCCUUGAGAGCGUCGCCAACUCCUCGGUGGCUUACAGCUCGUCUUCGCCGCUCACAGCCUACCCCGCGGCGGCUACAGAGUUUGCCUCGCCCUACUUCUCCACCAACCACCAGUACACCCCCCUGCACCACCAGUCCUUCCACUAUGACUUCCAGCACUCCCACCCAGCCGUGGGCCCAGAGGCGUACGGCCUCAACUCUCUCCACUCCGGGCAGUACUACCAGCAGAUUCACCACGCGACCCACGGAGACACAGACUUCAUCAACCUGCACAGCGCCCGUGCACUUAAGUCCUCGUGCCUGGACGAGCAGCAGCGGCGCGAGCUGGGCUGCCUGGACGCCUACCGGCGCCAUGACCUGUCUUUGAUGACAUCACACGGUGGGCAGUACGGCAUGCACCACGACCAGAGGCUGCUGCCUGCAGCCGGUCUGGGGCUCCCUCCCCCCGGGGCGGACGACCUGCAGGGCUCCGUGGAGGCGCAGUGCGGGCUUGUGCUCAAUGGCCAAGGCGGCAUCAUCCGAAGAGGAGGAACCUGUGUGGUGAACCCUACAGAUCUGUUCUGCUCUGUCCCCGGCCGUCUGUCCCUCCUGAGCUCAACCUCUAAAUAUAAAGUCACCAUCGCUGAGGUGAAAAGACGCCUCUCGCCUCCAGAGUGUCUCAACGCCUCACUUCUGGGAGGAAUAUUGCGCAGAGCUAAGUCUAAGAAUGGUGGUCGUUGUCUGAGGGAAAAGUUAGAUCGACUGGGACUCAACCUGCCAGCUGGACGGAGAAAAGCUGCCAACGUUACACUCCUCACCUCUCUGGUGGAAGGUGAGGCGCUCCACCUGGCUAGAGACUUUGGUUAUACAUGUGAGACAGAGUUUCCUACCAAGGCAGCAGGAGAACACCUAGCCAGACAACACAAUGAACCCAAGGAGACCAGUGGGCGCAAGAAGAUGGUGCUGGCCACCAAGCAGAUCUGUAAAGAGUUCCAGGACCUGUUGAGUCAGGACCGUUCUCCUCUUGGCUCCUCCAGACCCACACCUAUACUGGACCUGGAUAUACAGAGACACCUCACACACUUCAGUCUGAUCACCCAUGGAUUCGGGACUCCGGCAGUGUGCGCGGCUCUCAGCACCUUCCAGACCGUUCUUAGUGAGAUGCUCAACUUCCUGGAUAAACAUUCUGCCGCCGGGAACCCUGGGAAAACCUCUGGUCAGGAGACUGAAAAGACCGGAACUGUCCGGAAAACCAGCGAGCUGCUCAAUAAAGACGGCAAAGCUGAAAAGACAGAGUAGCCCUUUCCCUGUGCUGUGCAGUGUAUGUGCCUGUGUUUGUCAGGGUUUUAUCCCUGGGAGGAGGAGCUAAUCUCUGUGGAGACUGACAGAGACAUUUAUUCAUUCUGAACAACAGGAAGUAGAGACAGGGACUUCUGGUCAGCGCCAUCUGGGAGUCAACGGGAGAGGAGCGGGGUACACAUGUACACACAUAUGCACACAUACACACAAUACGUUCUCCCUCCAGUCUCCACCUGAACAGUGCAAUUAAUGCCAUUAUUACGUUUACCGUUUUAGAACCAAGAGACUGGGGUCUGGGUUCACUAUGUUGGUGAGAGUGUGAGACUGGGUUCACUAUGUUGGUGAGAGUGUGAGACUGGGUUCACUAUGUUGGUGAGAGUGUGAGACUGGGUUCACUAUGUUGGUGAGAGUGUGAGACUGGGUUCACUAUGUUGGUGAGAGUGUGAGACUGGGUUCACUAUGUUGGGGAGAGUGUGAGACUGGGUUCACUAUGUUGGUGAGAGUGUGAGACUGGGUUCACUAUGUUGGUGAGAGUGUGAGACUGGGUUCACUAUGUUGGUGAGAGUGUGAGACUGGGUUCACUAUGUUGGUGAGAGUGUGAGACUGGGUUCACUAUGUUGGGGAGAGUGUGAGACUGGGUUCACUAUGUUGGUGAGAGUGUGAGACUGGGUUCACUAUGUUGGUGAGAGUGUGAGACUGGGUUUACUAUGUUGGGGAGAGUGUGAGACUGGGUUCACUAUGUUGGGGAGAGUGUGAGACUGGGUUCACUAUGUUGGUGAGAGUGUGAGACUGGGUUCACUAUGUUGGUGAGAGUGUGUGUGUGUGUUCAUGUGCCUGUGCUUGUGUGUGUGCCUGUGUGUGCGUGCGUGUGUGUGAGUCCAGAUUUCUGAGACUCUGCCAUUUUGUAAAGGUGACUAUUCAGUUGCCAUGGAAACAUUUUGUUGUGCAUGUCUAUCUUUGUACACUCCCCAGAACUACAAUUAUGAUACAAGCUCUUUGACCCUUCAUAAACAUUUGUAUAGAUAUAUAUAUAAAUAUUUAAAUAACUUUUCUUGUAGGCUUUGAAUUACAUAUACUGUAUGUUAAAACCAUACCUUCUAAAAUACCUGUGUUCAAUAAAAACUAUUGAUACAUGUUCCUUC